AUAUCAAAAUUUCAAUGAAAAUUUUAAUCGUCACUACAUCUUCAUCUUCACUCCAUUACUUCUGACAUGCCUGUUAAUAGAUUAGACCAAAUUUACAGAACUAUUUUAAAUUCAAAGUAUUUUAUUAAAGGAUGGGGAGAACCAGAGAAUCUAAAAAGACUUUUUCAGUUCAGGAAGGUAAUGUCAAAUCGCGAGACUUGCUACAAAUUGGUACCUGAAGGAUAUCCCGUAACAAUAGACAAGGAAGAAGAACAUUCAGAUUGUCGGAUUGUGGAGGGUCAUUUUACUUCUCCUUUUAUAAACCACCUUCCUGGGCUACUCCCUCCGGAGGCCGAAACUGCCUAUUUCCAGGCUAUAUUGCCGACCAAAUGGAAUUCCAAUCACUACAAACCUGUUUGCAUACAUCUGGCAGGAACUGGAGAUCAUCACUUUUGGAGACGGCGUAUGUUCUUGGCUAAGCCACUCCUCAAAGAAGCUGGAAUUGGUGCAAUUUUAUUGGAAAAUCCUUUUUAUGGAACACGUAAACCGAAAGAUCAAGUACGCUCGAUACUACACAAUGUGUCAGAUAUUUUCGUGAUGGGAGGAUGUCUCAUGAUGGAAAGCCUGGUGCUUCUGCAUUGGUCGGAAAAGUUGGGGUUUGGUCCCCUGGGUGUUACCGGGUUGUCUAUGGGGGGACAUAUGGCAUCAUUAGCAGCUACAGCCUGGCCGAAACCGCUUGUACUAGUUCCUUGCUUGUCGUGGUCCACUGCAUCAAGCGCCUUCACAGAGGGAGUUCUGAGUGGCGCAAUAAAUUGGGAUCUCUUGACCACACAGUAUCAAACAGAUGAAGUGUUCAAAUCCGAAAUCGAGAAAAUGGUGACAAUUAUCGAAGAUGAUGCCUUCCUGGCAGGUCAACAAUUCGCCAAAGACUUUCCGAAUAGUAUGAAAAACGUUGACAAGACGCAGUAUUGUGGCUGUGAAGGUGGCAACAUCGCCUCCACUAAUUUAAAGAAUAAAACCAACGAAUCAUCAUCGAAUGCAUCUAAUGAGGCUCCCAAUACAACACAAACAGAGAGCUGCACCCACGACACAGAUACCAAACGAUCACGCGUCCAGUUCAGUGAUUCGAUCUCGAGCGAGACGCUGAAAGCCGACAGUGCUGAUUCAGGCGGGAAGAUGAGCAGCAACCUGUUCAGCAGACUGUUCCACCUUGGCGGUGGUGGGGGUAGGGGCAAAUCAGCGCCGGCUGCUGAACAGAAGAGUGCCUCACCCCCUCUCACCCCUCUCGGUGCUGACGACCGGCGAGAUCUGCUGCAUCUCAUCAAUGAGAAACUGCGCAGUGGAAGUGGUGCCAAGAGUAAAACAGACGCGUCAUGGCGCGAACUGGAGGCUCACCACUUCAUGCGCGGCAUCAUGGACGAGUGCACACAUCUGCGCAACUUCGCCCGCCCCGUCGACACGUCACUGAUCACGGUGGUGUGCGCGCGCAACGACGGCUACGUGCCACGUGACAGCGUCACUCCGCUCGCCGACAUCUGGCCUGGCCUCGAGGUGCGCUAUGUCGACGCCGGUCAUGUCACCGCUUUCCUCCUGCAUCAGAAUGUCUUCAGGUCGGUACCAAACCUUCAUUUGUCCAGCGUUAGUAGACAGAAGGUUGAUCACGCACAGGUGUAAGAUUUAAAGUGGUGG